AUGGCUGGUGCGUUAGCAAGGCUGUUGUUCUACCCUACACUUGCUUAUAAUGUAGUCAUGUCGAAAAUAUCCAAUAGACGGUGGUUCGAUCGAGUGGACCAUACUGUCAUACUAGGGGCUCUUCCAUUCAAAUCAAUGACAGAGGAGUUGGUACAAACAGAAAAUGUCAGAGGUGUGAUAACUAUGAAUGAAGAGUAUGAGACAAAAUACUUCUGCAAUUCUGCUGAGGAAUGGCAAGCAGCAGGUGUGGAGCAGUUACGUUUGAGCACAGUGGACCUCACUGGUGUGCCCAGCUUGAAACACAUUCAUCAGGGGGUGGAGUUUGCCCUCAGGCAUAGGGAACAGGGCACCAGCGUUUACAUCCACUGCAAGGCCGGGCGUUCUCGCAGUGCCACUCUGGCAGCGGCAUACCUCAUUAAGUUGCAUUGCUGGAGCCCCGAGGAGGCCUGCCAGAUGCUAGCAUCUGUUCGUCCCCACGUAUUGGUUCGGUCUGCUCAGCUGGACAUGCUUCGAACGUACCACCAGCAAGUGUGUGGAACGGAGUCCAGCUAGCCGCGCUUCACCAAAAAUAAAGCGCUCUUCACACAAGAACCGCGGCAACUGCAGAUUCAAAAUGUGUAACCGCAGGGCGCAGUGUGAGAUGUUCUGUCAUACAC